AUGGCUCUGGGGCCGCCCGUGCGGCCGCUGGCACUGUGCCUGUUUGCCGUCAUAAACGUGGUCUUGUGCUGGCUCUGGUGGCGCGCUGUGCAAGUAGAACGGCACGAAAUACCUGAUCCGUGCAUUCACAAUUCAAUUUCCAGUUUGUUCGUCCCCUACUUCUCGAACGAUGCAGAUCGGCGGGCCGCCACCGCCGCAGCAGCAGCUUCCGGAAAAGAAGAAGUGCAGCGACUGUCUGCUCCUCUGGGCUCCUGCGCGCUUUCAGAAAGCUCGCUAGUACAGCGCCGCCUCUGGCAGCAGCACUUGCAGCAGCAGCAGCAGCAGCUAGCCAGCAGUGGGGCUGCGGGUGCCUGCAGCGCUGCAGCAGUGCCCCCGGAACAGCUGCUGCAGUGGGUCACUGUGCUUACGGUGGUGCCUCUGUGCGAUGACGCUGCUGCUGCUGCGUCUGAGGUGUACAGACACCUCGUGGCCCUGGGCGGGGCAGCAGCACGCCCAGCCAGCAGCCAGUGCUCAGCCAUUCCCGUAGCAUCUGUACUAGCAGCUGCAGGGCAGCAGCAGCAGGAGCAGCAGCAGGAGCAGCAGCAGCAGCAACCCCAGUCUGGAAGCUCCCAAGGACUGCUGGCUGUUCAUCUUCUUGAGAGUUUGCAGGCAGCAGAUGAGUGUCCUUCCCUAGCAGCAGCAGCUGCUGCGCUGCAGCAGCAGAGCCCCACGGCCUGGAGGCAAAGGGCGGGGGGCCCUCAAGUGCAGUCGCAGCUGCAGCUUCUCGUGGCUUCUCCCCUGACAAGUGAACUUGAGCUGCUGCCUCGUGUGCACAUAGGGAGCGGGAGCUCUUUGCUGCUGGUGGUGCCCAGGAGGCAGCAGCAGGCAGCGCAGGCGCAAGACGCAGCAGCAGCAGCAGCAGCAGCAGCAGUGGUGCAAGUGCUAGGCCGCUGGAUCCUCUCCCCCGCACUCCUAGCGCCGGAAGCAGCAGCAGAAUGGAGAAUCCACUUCUGGCUGCUGGGCGACGGCGACCCGAAACCGAAGGCAAACACCAGCAGCAGCAGCAGCAGCAGCAGCAGCAGCAGCAGCAGCAGCAGCAGGGGAUCAGGUGAAGCGGGGGCCCCACAGCGGCUGCAGUGGGCCCCCGAGUCUUUCUUGCGAAUUUACUUGCGGGGGUUUCUGGAAGCCCUCAGCAGCCUCGUGGACUUGAACAUUACAUCUCAGGUGGUACCUCACAGCGGCCUUGAUGCCUUCGCGUGGGCCUACCUCCUGCGGCUGCUUUCUGCUGCAUCUGGGGGCCCCAGUGAGGACUCUGGGGCUUCUGGGGGCCCCCCUUUGGCUGGCAAAGGGGGCGCUCUGCCCUCCGCUGCUGGGGGCCCUCCCCCCCUGGGGGGCCCCCUGGGGGCUCCCUUGGGGGCCCCCUUGGGGGCCCCCUCGCUUGCGGGGGGCCCCCCACUCACUGAGUACGAAGCGGCUGUCUUAGAAGAAGCUAAUCGCCGUUUUCGAAAUCUUGCAGAGGAGUGGGGGGAAGAGGGGGUCUUCACUGCAGCAGCAAAGUCCAUAAAUUUGGGUCUUUACAGACUCAGCAGCAAAGAAUAUGAAGAGCUGCUGGCAGCAGCAGCAGCAGGAGAGAAGCAGCAAAAGAUUGCUGCAGCAGUCGGGAUGCCCCCGUGGGGCUUUCUGACCCUCAGGGCCCCCAGGUACCCUGCGGGGGGCCCCCCAGGCCCCGAGGGGGGGCCCCCUUCAGAGGGCCAGGAGGGGGGCCCCCCAAGCAGCAGCAGGGAACUUCUGUUCCCCUGGGAUGACCCAGAAGAGGCUGCUGCAGUAAAGGGGGCCUGGAUAUCUCAGCUGCGUUUCUAUUUGGGUUUGCCUCCGUCUCCCGUUUUAGGGGAUCCUCGUGCUGCUGCUGCUGAUGGCUGCAGCGCAGCAGCAGCCAGCAGUCUUUGUGGGAAGGACUGCCAAAGCCACAGGUGCUUGUGGCAGCUUGAGAAAGGGCCCCCGGGGCCCCAUGACCACUUGGUAGACGAACUGCUUACAGCAGCAGCAGCAGCAGCAGCAGCAGCAGGCAAGGAGUCUAGAGGGGUUCUAGAAGGCUUUGCACUGAGCCCGGAAGUGGCGCUGCUGGUGGCAGCAGGAAGCAGCGGAGGCGCGGGGCGGAAAGUUGCGGUGUACGUACACCCCAGCAGCCGGGGGCUGAGCGAAUGGGAACUAGACGGAGUAGCAGCAGACAUUUAUUUUUCAAUGAUAACUCAAGCUGCUGCCAACAUCAGGAUUCUUCAUCGCAUUAUUUUGGAAGGGUCCGACGUGCGUGUGUCUGAGCACAUUGGGCGCGGCAUGGAAAAAGUGCUGCAGCAGAUCGAGUGCAGCGUGCAGGCGCUGCGGCUGCGGCGUUGUGCUGCGCUGCCAGCAGCAGCCCUCGAGCUGCUGCAACAGCAGCAGCAGCAGCAGCAGCAGCGGGGAGCUGCUGCUUGUCCGGCACAAGGCGGAGACAGUUGCAUUUCUGGCGAAGUAAAAAACGAUGAAGAACUGGACGAAAAUAGGGUGUACAGACAGCUCGCGCUGCUGCUGGCGCGCGCAGCACUCAGGGAUUCCAAAGAGCUUUUGGCCGACGGAAGUCUAGAGCCUGCGCCUUACUUCUCGCUGCACUUCGACUUGGCCAUUCAUGUUCCUUUGCUGCUGCCGUUUUUGCUGCCGACUGUUGCGUCUGUGGUCCGCGCCGCGAAGUUCGCCGCCAAGAUCUGA